AUGCAUAAAGGGGACCAACCGUAUGGUGAAAGAUUGAAACCAAAUUUUCAGUGGUUCCCAGGGAACCAGACUUUAGAUGGACCCAGAAUUGAGGCUUUCCCACACUGCGGCUUUCGCAACCCGUCUCCCAACCCACGGCCCUUUCUGGGGGCACUCGGAGGCCGAGUUCUGUUCUCCGCAGCAGCGGACUCAGAGGCCCAAGGAGAGGAGGAGGUGCCUGGAGCUCUGACAACCUCCACUGCACUCACAGCCCCGAGGUCCUCAGAGACCAGAGACAAGGCCCUUGUUCCCAGAGCAGAAAACCAGAGGAGAGAGAACUUCCCCUUUGGGGAGGGAGGGGAAUCUCGAGGGAUCCCCACAGUGUUUUUCAGGUGUGGGGCCUCCCAGAGUCCUCUCCUGGGCCUCCCAUCAGAGAAGAGCAGCGCCGCAGGCCCCCGGCUCCGCGUGCCGUCCACGUGGGACCUCACCCCGGGGGGGGAGGGGGCGCAGGAUCACCGUCCGGAGCGGGGACCCUCCGUGGAGAGGAGGCCCCUGCCGCCUCAGCUUCGAUGGUCUCUCAGCAGAGUUUCAAAACCUUGCCACGUCCCAGAGCGGUCCAAGGACCGACCCGCGCUCGGAGAGGAUGCCCGCGCGCGGCGAGGAUGCCUGAGCGUCCCUGGCUGUGGGGCGCAGCAUCCUCUCGACUUCUGCCCUGGAAGCUGGACAGGGCAUUUUUCCUCCGGUGCGGAUACCACCCUGGCAGCCGGCUUUGGAGCGGGCGUGGAGCUCACCUUUGCAAGUUUCCCUCUCACCGCUACACCGGGAGGGGCUGCGCGGUGGCGUCCAACGCUGGUGCCAGGCGCCCACGUCUUUCCCAGGCUGAGGUCGCCGCGAACUCCAGGCGGCCCGGCCGCAGCGCCCAGCUCUCGUCGUGCGGGCAGAAGCAGUCGGGUCUGCAGUCCGCAGCCCCAGCCCCGCCAAGCUCCAGACCUUGAGCAACCAGGCCCAUGUGCCUCAGUGCCCACCCAAAGCACUCGCAGCCGUGGACAGCUCCCUGGCCGCGCGGUCCUUUUCUCUGCAGUGAGCGGGCUCUCGUUCAGCCUGCCCGGGUCGGUGCUGUACUCCAUUCACUCCAAGUCCGCCCGCGCACACGGAACACGCGCUCCCUCCCUCCUUCCUCUCGGUGCCCCCGCCCCUCGCUCACCCCGGCUCACUCCUGCGGCGACUUUGAGGGAUUCCCUCUCGAGCGGCCUCUGCAGCAGCACCUCUGGCCUUAUUCACUGCUCAGCUAGCAUGCAUCUCCGAGGAAGAGCCGUUCUAGGCAUGGACAGACUUCGAGUUCUUCUGAUGCUGUUCCAUACAAUGGCUCCAAUCAUGGCAGAACAAGAAGUGGAAAAUCUCUCAGGCCUUUCCACUAACCCUGAAAAAGAUAUAUUUGUGGUGCGGGAAAAUGGGACGACGUGUCUCAUGGCAGAGUUUGCAGCCAAAUUUAUUGUCCCUUAUGAUGUGUGGGCCAGCAAUUAUGUGGAUCUGAUCACGGAACAGGCUGAUAUCUCACUGACCCGGGGAGCUGAGGUGAAGGGCCGCUGUGGCCACAACGAAUCGGAGCUGCAGGUGUUCUGGGUGGAUCGCGCGUACGCACUCAAAAUGCUGUUUGUAAAGGAAAGUCACAACACGUCCAAGGGACCCGAGACUACGUGGAGGCUGAGCAAGGUCCAGUUUGUCUACGACUCCUCGGAGAAGACCCAUUUUAAAGACGCAGUCAGUGCCGGGAAGCACACAGCCAACUCGCAUCACCUCUCUGCCUUGGUCACCCCAGCCGGGAAGUCCUAUGAAUGUCAAGCUCAGCAGACCAUUUCACUAGCCUCCAGCGAUCCGCAGAAGACGGUCACCAUGAUCCUGUCCGCGGUCCACAUCCAGCCCUUUGACAUCAUCUCUGAUUUUGUCUUCAGUGAAGAGCAUAAAUGCCCAGUGGACGAGCGGGAGCAGCUGGAGGAAACUUUGCCCCUAAUUUUGGGACUCAUCUUGGGCCUCGUCAUUGUAGUAACGCUGGUGAUUUACCACAUCCAUCACAAAAUGACUGCCAACCAGGUCCAGAUCCCUAGGGACCGAUCCCAAUAUAAGCACAUGGGCUAGGAGCCAUUAGGCGGACAGCCCCCAGCCCCCCUGCGCCGGCUGGAUCAGGUAGAGAAACAAAAGCACUUUCCACCUGUACAUGGGAUAUACCAACAUAGCUACAAUCAAACAGACCUGGGUAUUCAAGGCUUGCUUGGCCUGCAUCCAUGCUUAAACCCCGGGAUGGGGAUGAGGGAUUCUCUUGGAUUCACGGGAUGAAGGACAGUUGUUCCUUCCAUGCUGGGGAGUGGGAGAGAGGGGUCAGCCAGCUUCCAUGCUCAUGGUGGUUUGGCUUUCACUCUCCAAGGAGCAACACAUAAAACUCGGAGGGGUAUCUGACUCUGAAGUUUAGGGAUUGGAACCACACUUUGUUUGGAAAGACAGCCCUUAAGUUUCAAGAGGAAUACUGGAUGCUUUGCUCCCUUGAACACAGAUGGCUUACCUUAUACUGUCGUCAGUGCACACAAAGCACGGCCUCAUGCUCCCUGCAGCAAGACCCCUGAAAGUGACCCAUGCUUCUGGCUGGCGUUCUGCAUGUCUAGUGAUUGUUGUGGGAAUGUUUCACUGCCACCUGCACCCAGUGAAUUCACAGCACAAGAACCUGUUUAAUGUAACUAGGCAGAGUUGUUUGGACUUCAUAGUGUGUCAGGUCCAAGUAAGGGGACCUGAAGAAUCAACCCAUGUGAGUUUGUUUUUCAAAAUGAAUUAAAACGCACUACUGUCUAA